AUGCCAACUCGUUACAAACGAAAGGGGAGUUGUACAAGAGCAGAAUGGUCCGAAGAACAAUUAGUUUUCGCCAUACAAUCUUUAAGAAACGGGACCAUCGGGGUUAACGAAGCUGCCAGACAGUUUAGAAUACCUUGCACUACAUUAAGUAGAAGACUAAAAUCAGGGAAUGUUGUGAAGCGAGGCUUGGGGCCGUCCGCGUUUUUUGGUGAAGAAAACGAGCGAAAAAUGGUUGUCCACAUCAAAAAGUUACAGAAAAAUGGUUUUGCACCGACAAGAACAACUGUACGCGAAAUGGCUUUUCGACUUGCAGAACAACUUGGCUUACGACACAAAUUCAACCAGCAAACUGGAAAAGCCGGUUCUGACUGGCUGAGAUCUUUUUUACAACGCAAUCACGAUUUAUCCGUUCGUAAAUCAGAGGGAGUUUCAUUAGCAAGGGCACGAGGAAUGAAUAGAAAAGAUGUUGGUGAUUAUUUUGAAUUGUUGGAAAACACUUUCCGAGAAAACAACCUACUAGAUAAACCAGGAAGUAUUUUCAACAUGGACAAGACAGGAUUACAGCUAAACAAUAGACCGGGUUACGUUAUUGCUGAAAAAGGCUCGAAAAAUGUAGCGGCCGUAACAUCUGGCGAGAAGGGGGAGACAAUAACACUAAUAUCAUGUUGCAAUGCUGAAGGCACAUUUAUCCCCCCAGCAUGCAUUUUUAAGGGUAAAAAUAAGAAAAGAGAGUAUGAAGAUGGCAUGCCUCCCGGCUCAGUAGUGUAUAUGUCACAAAAAUCAGCUUACGUCAAUGUUACAAUUUUUUUAGACUGGUUGCAGAAUCACUUCAUGCAACGCAAACCACAAGGGACUGUGAUCCUAAUUUUGGAUGACCAUACAUCACACUGUAGCUCUGUUGAAGUAUUGGAAUUUGCUGAAAGUAAUAACAUCAUACUUUUAUGUCUACCGAGCCACACUACGCAGUUCUUGCAACCGUUGGAUCGAGCAUUUUUUAAAUCCCUGAAGUCGCACUACUAUGCCGAAUGCAAUUUGUUUAUGCGAGCUAACCCAAACAGAGUAAUAAAUAGAUUACAAUUCGGAAAAUUAUUAGGUGAAGCAUGGUCGAAGUCUGCGACAGUGGGUAAUGCUACAUCAGCAUUUCGCGCGACAGGAAUCUUCCCUCUUAAUCCUGCUAUAAUUCCAGAAUAUGCGUACCUUAACACAGAAGAACCUAUUGGGGUGCCAACACUCCAGACACCAGAAAAUGAUGAGACUUCCCAAGCAACGGAAAGUAAUGAGACUCCCCAGAAAACAGACAAUAAUGAGACUCUCCAGACCAAAGAAAGCAAUGUGACAUUCUAG